AAAUGUAUAGGUUUGAGCCACGUCUUCAAUGCUUGUCCCUCGUCCUCUUGGUUGUACUUGUCCCUCAUCUUCUAUCUGAAGCUCGGCCUCUGAAUCCAAGCAUGGAGGUGGAGGGGAGGAAGAAGCAGUCCUUAUCUAGCUCAACUGUUGAAGCACUGGUCAAAGAGCAAUAUGUAGCCAAUAAAGGAGAGACUCCAGGUCCAAGAGGUCCGCCAUUUCUGUAUGCCACUCCUUCUCACCCCGGAAACCAUGAGAUGAGUGCAGGUCAGAUGAUUCAAGGUAGUGAAUAUGUUCCACUAAAAAAAGGUCCAGUCCCACCUUCUGCCCCUAAUCCAACCACACAUGGGCGAUGAUGCCAUUGGCAACCCCUGAUGAGCUGAGUAGUGCUGCAAAAUAUCCAUUUUCU